AUGAAUGCUCCAGACAGAUUUGAGCUUUUCUUGCUGGGCGACGGAGAGUCGAAGCUGGUGAUAGACCCAGACACAAAGUCUCCCAACGCCAUUGUCAUCACUUUCAACAAGGAGGACCACACGCUUGGGAACCUCAUUCGGGCAGAGCUGCUGAACGACAGUAAAGUGCUGUUUGCAGCAUACAAGGUGGAGCACCCAUUCUUUGCUCGGUUCAAACUCAGGAUCCAAACGGUGGAAGGGUACGAUCCUAAGGACGCCUUGAAGAACGCGUGCAAUGGGAUUAUCAAUAAACUGGGAAUACUCAAGACGAACUUCGAAACUGAAUGGAACUUGCAAACUUUGGCAACGGAUGAUACUUUUGUCGCAUAG